GCUUUCGUCAACGGUAAACCUGAUGUAAAACACCUAACCAGUUCUGCUGAAUACAGCAGGUUACAGAACCGGUUAGACAUUGUACUACAGAUGAAAUGUCACGCUUCACAACAAUAUAAACCUCUUGAGAUAAGAGUGUUAAAAAGCAAAAGAGGUGCACAUUACACCAUGGACUGAACCAACCAUUUUUCACCUCCUUAUGCUCCUCCUCCUCUUCUCUCAUGGGAGCGUUACCGAGCAGCCAAGCCCCAGAGUUGCAGGAGAGCCGCGCGUUCACAGCGACCUCAUAACAGCGAUAGCCGGCUCACAGCCAGAGCAGACUCUUUAUCUCUUUCUCUCAGUAAGGCAGAGGCACCGAUAGUAAAUGCUCGGCGGGAGACUUCUGCUCACGAAGGAGCCUUUUAGACAGAGGUCACGUGGAAGUCAAUGCGUUUGUGAAUGUUUAAUCUAAUUUCCUAUUUACAAGAGUGGAAACGGCUUGAGCUGAAAGGAGGUCUAUAGCUGCUUUUCUGAUGCUGGACUAUUAUGGUCCAGCUUGAGAACACCAAGUGCAGUUUUCUCUUCUGCCUUGGAAUCUGCAUCCUAAUAUGUUCCGCCAUCUACUUCAAAGCCAACUUAUCUAACACCCCUCUUCCACCAACUGUCUUGAGCACCCAAACCACACCAGCCCCCAAAACCUGUGACAUUCUUCCACCUGCAGCUCCCGGGUUUAAAUGGCAGCGAACAGACUGUAAGAAAAUCAGCUAUGAGACCAAACCGGGCGCAAACUGCACUCUAUUGCAGUCAGAUCUGCACUUUAUUAUGGCCCCGCUAAGCAGAGAAGAGAAAGACUUUCCUUUGGCUUUCAUAAUCACCAUACACAAAGAACUAGAAACAUUUGUGCGGCUACUGAGAGCCAUAUACGCGCCACAGAACGUCUACUGCAUUCACAUAGAUGCUAAAGCGCCGGAAGAAUACAAGACGAGCGUCCGAAACCUAGCUGGGUGCUUCUCGAACGUCUUUGUGGCGACCGUCAACGAAAAAGUGACCUACGCUGGAUUUUCUCGCCUGCAGGCUGACAUCAACUGCAUGAAGGACCUGGUGAAGUCUCCUACAAAAUGGAAGAGAGUUAUAAAUCUGUGCGGCCAGGACUUCCCAAUCCAGACCAACCUGGAACUGGUCCGGUACAUGCAAGGAACCGAAUGGAAAGACAGGAACAUGACGCCGGGAAUUAAGCAGCCACCCACUAUGAAGCACAGGACUGAGUUUCAGUACGAGGAGGUAAAAGGCACCCAUGUGGCACCAAAAGGCAAGGGUCAAAAGAAGGGACCACCUCCUCACAACAUAACAAUUUACUUCGGGACUGCUUAUUACUCCUUGACGAGACCAUUUGUGGAGUUUGUCCUCAAAGACAAAGUGGCCAAAGACUUGCUGGAGUGGUCUAGAGACACUUUCAGCCCUGAUGAGCAUUACUGGGUGACGCUAAAUCACAUGAAGGAAGCACCUGGCAGUUAUGUAGAAGGCGGAUGGGAAGGUAAUGUUCGUGCAAUCAAAUGGAGGGACCAAGAAGGAAAAGUACACCAGGGCUGUAAAGGACAAUACAUCAGGGAUAUCUGCGUUUACGGGCUUGACGACUUACCGUGGCUUCUCAAAACAAAGAGCAUGUUUGCGAAUAAAUUUGAGACCGCAAGCUUCCCGGAAGCCCUGGAUUGUUUGGAACUGUGGCACCGACAUAAAGUUCUCCGGCACGCCACGGUUCCCAUUCAACCAUCAUGGCGUCUCACCACAGAGGUCGAAGUCAUGAACAGCACGGUCAUUUUUUCAAAAACAGGGGAGUGUUUCUGAGUAAACACCCCAGGAAAGUCACAAAGAAAGGGAAAUACACACCGUUUACAAGCUUGUCAA